AUGCUCGGUGUGGUGGUGGAGAAUGAAGCCAAAACACAAAAAGAUCAAACAGUCUGCAUUCCCAUGAUGUCUGGGAUCGUCCUUGGCAUGAAUUGUUCAGUGCGUUUGGGCGGGAGGAGAGGGCGUGUAGAGCUGUGCGUGUGCGUAAAAGCCAUGUGCUCGACCAGGCACUUCUCACAACCGGACCAAACAGCCCUCCUCCAUUCAACUGUCAACAUGCUGGUUUUACGCAGCGCCUUCCCUUGGAUAGUGGUGUCCAUCCUCGCUCUCCUCUCCCUGUGCUCCGGGGCCCGUGAUAGACCCCGGUCCAAGGGGGUGACCCGGGCCCCGCGGGGGAGUGGGGAGGCAUCGAGUCGGGGCAAGUUCAAUCUAAAGAACGGCAUGCAGUGCUCGUGGGUCACCAAAGACGUGAGCCGUGGAGUGAAGAUGACUGUGAAAUGCCAGGAUCCACAGGCGCGCGUCACUGGAGGAGUGACGGAUGUAGAGUGCGCGUACAACGCCAAGCCUCAGAGCUGCCCGGGCUACCAGUCCAACCCCAAGGCGUACUACAAGCAGGUGUCCCGCGCACUCAAGAAGCUGCAGGGGGGUCUGUGUCAAGACGAGCGCGCUCUGGUGAAAGUUGGGAUGUGCAAGCGCGCACCGAGAGACGCGCAUUUCAAACUGGACAGAAGCACUUCAGUCUUUGCAGCUCAGUCCGGUGUUGACCCCAGUCCGCAUCCCAAGAACCCCUCCACCAUCAGCACCACCACUCGCAGGUCCGCCACCCCGACUCCUCCCGCGGGGGUAGACCGUGUGACCCCCACGGAUUGCAAAAGACGCGCAGACCACCGCACAGUGGCGCAGGAGUACUGCAACAGCUCCUGGGCCAGCGUGUGCUCCUUCUUCUUUUCCAUGUUACAAAGUGAAGACUGUUAG